AUGUACGCUAGUCUCAGCAUUGUUUACCCUUCAUCAGCUUUCAGCAUUCAUCAUCAGCAUUCAGCAUUCAUCAUCAUUCAUCCUGUCCCUCAUCAUCAUCAUUCAGCAUUCAUCAUCAUUAUCAGCAUUCAUCUUGGUCCUCAUCAUCAUCAGCAUUAUCAUCAUCAUCAGCAUCAUCAUCAUUAUCAGCAUUCAUCUUUGUCCUCAUCAUCAUUAUCAGCAUUCAUCUUGGUCCUCAUCAUCAUUAGCAUCCUCACCGGCAUUCGUCUUGUUCCUAAGCAUUAUCACCAUCAGCAUUCAUCUUGGUCCUCAUCAUCAUCAUCAUUCAAUUCAUCUUUGUCCUCAUCAUCAUCAGCAUUCAUCUUGGUCCUCAUCAGCAUCUUCAUCAACAUUCAUAUUGGUCCUCAUUAUCAUUAUCAUCACCAUCACCAUCACCAUCAUCAGCAUUCAUCAUCAGCAUUCAUCUUGGUCCCUCAUCAUCAGCAUUCAUCUUGGUCCUCAUCAUCAUCAGCAUCAUCAUCAUUCAUCUUGGUCCUCAUCACCAUCAGCAUUCAUCUUGGUCUUCACCAUCAUUAUCAUCAUCAUCAGCAUUCAUCACCAUCAGCAUUAUCACCAUCAGCAUUAUCAUCAUCAGCAUUCAUCUUGGUCCUCACCAUCAGCAUUCAUCUUGGUCCUCAUCAUCAUCACCAUCACCAUCACCAGCAUCAUCAUCAGCAUUCAUCUUGGUCCUCAUCAUCAGCAUCAUCAUCAGCAUUCAUCUUGGUCCUCAUAAUCAUCGGCAUCAUCGUCAGCAUUCAUCAUCAUCAUCAGCAGCAUCAUCAAAAAGCACCACCAGUCGAUUGGUUUUCAUUUUCUUGA